AUGAGCUCGCGGGGUGAGGUAGAACGUGCCAGCGUGGAAUGUCUACAACACGGCGUGUUGCUACCCACCACGGUAGUUUCGAAGCCGGAAGAGUCCGAUGCGAGACCCGAAGUAGAGACGUCUGCGGCUGACAUUCCUGCGGCGCCGUUCAAGCCGUUUGAGGAGUGUGGCGUGUGUCAAGAAAAGAACGUCGAGCGUCAGUCGGAGAGAAAUGGCACGGUCCUCUCCCAAAAGACGACUUGACCAUUUUCGCUGACUGUCUACAGGAGAUGCGUGCACUAGAGGUCCAGCGACAGGCAGCUGCCAAAGGACCGCCACGGACACUACGAGAGCCGUGGGUCCUGCCCAAUAGUCCAAGUGUAUAUUGAAGGAGCCGACUUUGGACCUCCUAUCGUGCCGGGCAGUAGCGGAAGGUAAGGAUUCUAUUUGCGUCGCUAAGGAUGGUUCAGCAGUCCGUCGGUCUGCUAUUUAGUUUAGUCGUGAUUUUCCCUCGUAAGAGACAAACAAACAAGAAGAAACUUUCAU